AUUUUUUUCUUUUCAUUGUACAAAGGCCCUGCAGUGCACACUUCCUCCUCUAUAAGAACCAAACAAAGAGGUGCGGAGGAGAUUUUAAAAUUUGAAAGUAUUGACAGCCACAUCCACUAUCAAAAUUUUACAUCACCUUCUGCUUAUCACCAAAACAAAAGACAAUCCAAAAAAGGAUAGAUAUUUAAGCAGUAGCAAAGACAAAGUUGGUGAAAUUAUUAGUCCAUUUCUGUACAAAGACAGACCAAAGGAGAAAAACUUAUCAUAUUGCAUACCUAACCAGGUUCAGAGAGAAGAUAAGGUUAUUAAAUCAAGAUUUUUGAUUGGGGAAUUUAAUUAAUGAAGACAUGGAUUUCUGGCCAGAAUUUCUAGCAAGCAGUUGGGGAAAAGAAUUUGUUGCUGGUGGAUUUGGAGGAAUAGCUGGUAUUGUAUCAGGUUAUCCACUUGAUACCAUUAGAGUUCGUCAACAGAGUUGUACACCUGGUUCUGCUUUCACUAUCCUUCGUCAUGUUGCUUCAACUGAAGGUCCUUUGGCUCUCUACAGGGGCAUGGCUGCACCUCUUGCUUCUGUUACAUUUCAGAAUGCCAUGGUAUUUCAGAUUUAUGCAGUGCUAUCGCGGGCAUUUGACAGGAGUGUUCCUGCCAGUGAUCCACCCUCCUACAAAGGAGUAGCCUUAGGUGGAUUUGGAACAGGAGCAUUACAAAGCCUAAUGCUCACCCCAGUCGAACUAGUGAAAAUUCGACUCCAGUUACAAAGGAGAAAUAUCCCGGAUUACAAAAAUCAAAUUACUAGUUGUAGGGGUCCAACUGAUGUCGCAAAAAGCAUAUUCAAACAAGAAGGUUGGAGAGGAAUUUAUCGCGGAUUGACAAUUACAGUCCUUAGAGAUGCGCCAGCUCAUGGCCUAUAUUUCUGGACAUACGAGUAUGUGAGAGAGCAACUUCAUCCAGGAUGUCGAAAGAAUGGCCAAGAGAGUUUUAGAACAAUGCUCAUAGCAGGUGGUCUUGCAGGAGUUGCUAGCUGGAUAUGCUGUUAUCCGCUAGACGUUAUUAAAACCAGAUUUCAAGCUCAGUCACAAUCUACACCCUCGAGAUAUACUGGCAUAGUUGAUUGCUUCAGGCGAAGUGUGAAACAAGAGGGAUACAAUGUGCUGUGGCGAGGUUUGGGAACUGCAGUUGCCAGAGCAUUUGUAGUGAAUGGGGCUAUAUUCACCGCCUAUGAAACUGCCUUGAGGUGCCUUUUCAUCAACAACAAUCAUGCGACCAUUAAAACUGAAAAUGCAUUCUAAUACAGGAUUAAGUAAGUAGUCAUUGAAGUGUAUCACCACAUUGAUUUUAUUCCAUGUGGUACUUAGUUAAGAUGAAUACGGUAAAAAGUGCAUCUUGCUUGAAAAGAUACUGUUAAAGAAAGCGCUAUUUGAUGUGCGAUGAUAGUGGGAUGAAGAUUUUAAGCAUGCUUCAGUUUCUAUUACAGGGACAGCAGAUCUAAUCCAUUUAAAGCAGAAGCAAUUCUUCAGUUUAACUGUAUGUUACAGAAAAAAAAAAAAGGAUUCUUGGCACCUUUGACAGUGUCAUACAGUGAUACUUGUGCCAUUCUAUUCAUUGUAGCCAUUGUAUGGUUUAUAUCUAAAUGAGAAUUGAAACUGGAUUUGGUUA